UGAGAGAGGGGGCCACCAUGGGGGGGCACAGCCCCAUCUCUGCUCCCUCAGGAUGCCCGAACCUACAGAAAGCCAUCCCUAUCCCAAUCCCUGUUCCAUCCCUGCAGUGACAGAGCUCUGUGUAUUGUUGCCUUCACCUUCCUCUUCCUCACCUGUGCCCUACCUGUCGGGAGUGCAAUCAGCUGAGGCUGUCUGGCCCCUCCCUGGGCUGGGUCUGGCUAUAAAAUCCAGGGGCCAGGCAGAGGGUGUCACAAGGACCUGGGAGCUGUUGGCUGACAGCAGCAGCGAUGGCAACACUCUACCCCUCUCUGGAGGACAUGAAGGGCCACCAGGUCCUGCAGGCACAGGCAGCGGCUGGGGUGAGGACCCCUGCCACCACAGUGGUGACAGAGAAGCCGAAGCUCACCUCAGGCACUGAGCCACCUGUGCUGUACCCCAACCUGGCUGAGCUGGAGAACUACAUGGGGCUGGCACUGUCCAGUGAGGAGAUCCAGAAGAACCUGCACACGGAGGACAGCACAGCACUGACCCCCGCUGGGCCCCAACCAGGCCAGCUGGUUGCCCCCCUGAGCGGGAACAGCGCAGGGCUGCGGCGGGCAGAGAUCAAGCCGGGUGUGCGGGAGAUCCACCUGUGCAAGGAUGAGCGGGGCAAGACGGGGCUGCAGCUGAAGAAUGUCGACCAGGGCAUCUUUGUGCAGCUGGUGAAGGCCAACUCGCCGGCAGCGCUGGUGGGGCUGCGCUUCGGGGACCAGGUGCUGCAGAUCGACGGCAGGAACUGUGCGGGCUGGAGCAGUGACAAGGCACAGCGGGCACUGAAGAAGGCGAACCCCGAAAAGAUCGUCAUGGUGGUUCGGGACAGGCCUUUCCAGCGCACCGUGACUGUGCACAAGGACAGCACCGGCCACAUCGGCAUCGUGGUGAAGAAGGGGAAGAUUGUGUCACUGGCCAAGGACAGCUCAGCUGCCCGCAACGGGCUCCUCACCCACCACUGCAUCUGCGAGGUGAAUGGCCAGAAUGUCAUCGGCAUGAAGGAUAAGCAGCUCAUGGAGGUGCUGGCAGGGGCUGGGAACGUGGUGACACUGACCAUCAUCCCCACCGUGAUCUACGAGCACAUGGUCAAACGGCUCUCAUCAGGGCUGGUGAAGUCAUCCAUGGACCACUCCAUCCCUGACCUGUGAUACCAUCGCAGCUGUCCUGGGAGCUGAUGCUGGAAGCCUGGAGGACCUGCCGAGGGGACCCCACAGCACCUCAAAAGUAGCUAUUUUAGCACAAACCCCCUUAUCCCUUCAGAGGCUGGUGGCUGCUGGGUGGUUCUUCCUCUCCUCAGCAGGGAUGGGGCAGCUGUCCUGUACCAGGGUCCCAUUGUCCCCGUGUCCCUGCUUGGGCCACCCCCCUCAGGGCGGAUGCCAAGGGCUGGCUCCAGCCAAAGCAGACACAGACCCAGCGACAUUUAUUACAUCCACCACAGAGAGCGAGUACAGGACAGGGGAAACAAGAAGAGGGGGGUUACAGCUUUUUCAGUUCUGUAUUUAAAAAAUAUAUUAUAUAGAUUUGUCUUUCAAA